GUUGUAAAUACCACAACCAAAUUUAUAAAAUUUUUGCAAAAUAUUAAAAAAUUCCCAUUAAUAUGGAUAAAAUUAAAAAACUGCAAUAACAACCUAAGGAUAUAAUAAAAACUCAAGUAAUUUAAAGUUAUAAUAAGCAGACAAUGCCGGUUUAAAAGGAAUACAACAAAAAAACUUAAUAGGAAUUUUGUAAACAAAUACGGAAGUGGAAUUUAAAUUACAGCCAACAUGACAAAGCAACGUAGACACUCUCAUCGAGACACCACCAGCAAAGAAGCAAACAAUAUAGCUUUUGACAAACGCCCCUCUUAUGCCAGGGAAAUGAAUGCUUUCCUUAUAAAAGAGCCCAAAAAGGAGCUGGUUUUAAAAUUAUCCUAUUACCAUUUGGUAUUCUUUCUAUCGGGCAUAUUGGCUAUUUGUGUGUACUAUCAUUAUCCCUGGUAUCAGGGUAAUAAUAGACAAUUGCAGCAUUUACCCGCUGAUCAUUAUCUACAAAUUAGAGAUGAUUUUGCUAUAUAUGCUGAUGUGAUACAGAAGGAUCAACAGCAGGCUUUAAAGGAAUUUUAUGGGGAAAGUGGUGCUGCAGUCGCCAAUUUACCCAAGGAAGAUACCAAUGUUAAGGAGGCUUUGGGCUCUUUGAAACUAGCUAUGGAUAUGUAUAAGGCCGGUAAGUUGGAUAAGGCUCAGAAAUUAUUUGAACAUGCUUUCGCUUUGGCCCCUAAACAUCCGGAGGUGCUGUUGCGUUAUGGAGAAUAUUUGGAACAUUCGCAGAGGAAUGUUGUGCUGGCAGAUCAAUAUUAUUUUCAGGCUCUUACCAUAAAUCCCAGUUAUUCUGAAGCUUUGGCUAAUCGCCAGCGUACUGCCGGCAUAGUGCAAACUAUAGACGAAAGACGUUUAAUGGAGUUAGAUCGUAAACGUGAUGCCCUUUCUGGUAUACAUGAAUCAAAUGCGGCCUUGAGGAGAGCUAAAAAAGAGGCAUAUUUCCAGCACAUCUAUCAUUCGGUAGGCAUAGAAGGCAAUACCAUGACUUUGGCCCAGACAAGAUCCAUAUUGGAAACUCGCACUGCUGUCGAUGGCAAGUCCAUAGAUGAACAUAAUGAAAUUUUGGGUUUAGAUUUGGCCAUGAAAUAUAUCAAUGCCAGUUUGGUGAAUAAAAUGGAAAUUACUUUGAAAGAUAUUUUGGAUAUACAUCGUCGUGUUUUGGGUCAUGUGGAUCCUAUAGAAGGUGGUGAAUUUCGCCGUACUCAGGUUUAUGUGGGCGGUCAUGUGCCGCCAGGACCCGGAGAUUUGUCUAUACUAAUGAGACAUUUUGAAAAUUGGCUAAAUUCGGAUCAGGUGUUGUCACUGCAUCCCAUAAAACAUGCGGCUUUGGCUCAUUAUAAAUUGGUACACAUACAUCCCUUUAUUGAUGGCAAUGGCAGGACAUCUAGAUUAUUAAUGAAUACUUUACUAAUGAGGGCUGGUUAUCCUCCCGUCAUAAUACCAAAGCAGCAGAGGCACAAAUACUAUCAAUAUCUGCAACUGGCUAACGAUGGUGAUAUACGACCCUUUGUGCGUUUCAUAGCAGAUUGUACAGAAAAGACUUUAGAUUUGUAUCUAUGGGCCACCAGCGAUUUGCCCCAACAAAUACCCAUGCUGGAACAAACUGAGCACACUUUAGCCAAUAUAGAGAAAUUAGUAACACCAACUAGCACUAGCACAACACAAACGCACACAAACUCUCCCAGUACAGCAGCAUCUUCCACUACUUCUGCUUCUACUUCUUCUAUAAAAGAUGGUGAUAUUGUUAUAGAAGCCCAAGACUAUUUUGCCCCUGAGUCUGGUUCCGGAGAAAUUUCCUAGCAUUGGUUUUAUCCUAAAGAACUCUUACAAAAUAUAUUAAUAAUACUUUUAGGAAUCACAACUUUAAUUUUCUGUGUAAUAUACUGGCUACUUUUAGGGAUUUUAACCAAUUUUCUUUAAAAACUAAAAGUAGAUAGUUUCUUUAAUUUAUUUCUUUUAUUGUUUUAACCUAUUUCAAAAACUGGGUGCUUUAAAUUUAAAUGUUGUUGUUUUCCUUAAAUAUUAUGUAUGACUGUGAUUAUUAUUUUUUUAAAAAUUAAUUAAACUAAAAACCUUAACAAUUAAAGAAUUGUGUGUAACAUAGUAAAACUGUAAAUAGCCAACUUGUUAAACCAAAUAUUUAAGUAACAAACAAACCAAUUUAAUAACAUACUAAUUUAGUUAUUUAUUUAAAAAAAAAGUAAAGAAAAUAAGAAGUAACAAAAGUAAAAAUAUUAAAAACAAACUUCUUUAUAAGUUAUCAACAAAUAUCACUAUUGUAUCCCCCAAAAUUAAUAUUAAUUUAUUUGAACAAUUUUAUAUGUAACAAGCCAAAAAGAAACUUUUUAAUUUUAUUAAUAAAGUUAAUGGAAAUUUAUUAAAAUUUAAGAAGAAAAAAACUUACAAAAACCUUUUUUAUAAAUAAAGAUUGAAAUUCUCAAACAA